AUGGCUGUUGAGCGGCAAGUCCAACUUGUAAAGCCUUACACUAGGAAAGAGGUAAAAGAUGCAAUGUUUGGGAUCAAUAUUAAUAAAAGCCCAGGGCCAGAUGGGUUUGGCAGUGGAUUUUUCAGAGAUACUUGGGCCUUAACUGGGGAAGACAUCACAGAGGCAAUACUGGAAACACUGAGUACUGGGAAGAUGCUGCACCAACUAAAUGCUACUAGCAUAGCACUGAUACCAAAGGUGAUCAAUCCUGAGAAUGCAGGACAAUUUAGACCAAUUGCAUGUUGCAAUGUGGUCUAUAAAUGCAUUUCUAAAAUGCUAUGUAAGAGACUGAAACAAAUAUUACCAGCUCUGGUGAGUGACACUCAGUCUUCUUUUGUAAGUGGAAUAACUCUAGUUCAUAAUGUUCUUAUAUGUCAUGAUUUAAUGAGACAUUAUAACAGAAAAACCACUCCUAGAUGCCUCGUGAAGAUAGACUUAAGGAAAGCCUAUGAUAUGAUGAAAUGGGAGUUUAUAGAAGAAAUGUUGCAUGGAUUUGGUUUUCCCAUUAAGUUUAUUCAGCUGGUCAUGUUAUGUGUGACUACCACUAAGUUCUCCAUUAAAGUGAAUGGGAAUAGUCAUGGGUAUUUUGAAGGGAGAAGGGGCUUGAGACAAGGGGACCCCAUAUCACCCUUGCUAUUUGUUCUAGUAAUGGAAUACCUGUCCAGAGUUCUGAAGAAGAUGGGCAAUCUACCAAAUUUUAGGUUCCAUCCUAUGUGCAAAAAAAUGCAACUAACACAUUUGACAUUUGCAGAUGACUUGAUGAAAUUUUGCAAAGCAACUGAAACAUCUAUACAUUUCCCAUCAGGUAUUUGGGACUACUAUUGUCACCUAAGAAGUGGAACAAAUUGGAGUGUCAUCAACUGUGUCUUAAGAUCACUGAAAGAAUCAGAGGGUGCAGUGUUCAUUCUCUCUCAAAGUGUGUUGAAGGAGGUGGAUAAACUAUAUAGGGGGUUCUUAUGGGGAAACACUGAAGAAACAAGGAAAAUAAACCUGGUGGAUUGGGAGAAAAUAUGUAGGCCAAAGGGGCAAUGUGGACUGAACAUUAAAGGCUAUAAGUUUUGGAACUUAGCAUCAGUAGGCAAACUCAUUUGGUGGAUUGUGGAAAAAACUGAUUUGCUAUGGGUGAAAUGGGUUCAUGGGAUAUAUAUGAAUAAUACUGAUGAUUUUUGGAAUCACAUACCACCAAGUGACUGUAGUUGGUACUGGAAGAAGUUGCACAAGAUCAAAUCUAGAAUGACAAAUUGGCAUAGUAAUGGCCAUUAUUGCUUGACUACUUCAGGGAAAUACUCUGUGGGAAAUGGCUAUCAGGAUCUGUUACGGGCUAGAGCAAAGGUGGAGACUGCUAAUCUUAUCUGGACUAGCAUUGCUCUGCCAAAACACAGAUUCAUACUUUGGCUUGCUGCGCAGGAGAGACUACUUACUAAGGUUAGAGUACAUGGCAUGGGACUGAAGUGUGACACUAUAGAAUUUGAGUUAUGUGCAGAGAAUGAGAAACAAAAAGUGCAGGAAACUUUACUGGGGAUAAAAAGCAAGAAAUGGAGCAGGUUCAGGAAGAAAGUGUUGACUGCCAUAUAUGGGGCAACCAUCUACAACAUUUGGACUGCUAGAAACCAGAAGAUAUUUAGAGGACACACUGUACAGAGCAAAUUUAUCUUUGGAGCAAAUACAAUAUGUAGUUAG